AUGCUAUGGACAAGUGUGAUUGAUUUUAGUGCUCGGUGGGAUCAGCACAUGUCUUUGGUGGAGCUUGCUUACAACAACAGUUAUCAUUACAGCAUCCAAAUGGCUCCUUUUAAGGCCUUGUAUGGCCGAAGAUAUAGGUCGCCCAUUGGAUGGUUUGAUAUUAUAGCGGUGGAUAGCCUAGACAUUAAUUUGCUCAGAGAUAUCAUGGAGCAGGUUCAUUUGAUUCAGGGCAGGUUGUUGACAGCUCAGAGUCACCAGAAGAGCUAUUCUGACAAGCAGGUUCAACCUUUGGUGUUCAUGGUCGGUGACCAGGUAUGGUUGAGGGUCUCACCCCUAAAGGGUGUCAUGAAGUUCAGGAAUAAGGGCAAGUUCAGCUCUAGGCUUAUUGGUUCUUUUGAGAUCCUAGAUCGCGUGGAAGAGGUAGCCUACAGACUUGCCUUGCCACCUAUUCUAUCUUCUGUACAUUUAGUAUUUUAUGUCUCGAUGCUAUGGCGGUAUAUUCCAAAUGAGUCUCAUAUGAUUUCCCUUGAUUUGGUUGAGUUGAGCCCAAAUUUGACCUAUAAGGAGGAGCUUGUGGCUAUUUUGGACAGACAUGUCAAGAAGUUGAGGACUAAGGAGAUAGCUUCGGUGAAGGUUCAAUGGAGGCAUCGGACCGUGGGGGAGGCUACUUGGGAGUUAGAGUUAGACAUACAGGCCCGUUACCCCCAUCUUUUUGAGACUCCAGGUGCUUGUGAAACCCUUCUCCGCAUUCGCCGAGCUUUCUCCGUGGUCGUGGAGGGUAAUGGUUUCCUUUUUCGCAUUUGCGGAGGGUUGUUUUUGCUUCCUCCACGUUCGCUGAGUAAGAUGUAUGUAGAUGUGGAGGAUCUGAGCCCAUUGCCUCCUGCUCUUAGCAUUCUGUUGAUUGGACCAAGCUUCUAG